CCCAGGGUCGAGACACGGUGAUGGUGUCUACGUGAAACUCCUAAACGAUUAAAAUUUUUCGCUUCAUUAAUAAAACAAAUUUUGUUUGUAGUAUUGUUUUUCGGUUUGCGUGGUUGGCAGUAGUGUCAGAUGAUAAAUAUGGAGUUAUUUGCAAAUCAAGAAAAUGACUUCGUUUUUCUCAAAUGAUUAAAGUUUAUUGAUACAAACGGUUCGAAGUACGUAUGGUGCAGUCCACCGUCCGUUUUCCCUAAUUCAGUGCAAUACGAGCCCUUCCAAAACGAGCAUUAGUGGUGACAGUUGCUAUUUGGUCAACUUCGACCAAAGAAAACUCGGACUGAGAAAUUUUCGUUCGGACUUUUCCUCGAAAAAAAUCCUAAUUAUCGGUUUUAAAGUGGCCCUGAAUCGUCCAAGCUGGAGCGUCUACCGGAAUACCUCCGCGAUACCGUGGACUGGUUUAUGGGAAAAGCAAGACGGAAGGAGAAGGAAGGGAAUGAGUCUUCGUCCUCUAGCGAUUCCAAAUUGUAUCUAGAAGCCACAGUACUUGAAAGAAAACUCCCUGAAAUGGACAUGAGGUUGUUAGUAGAUUUGCCCGCUGGGUUAGACUAUAAUGAAUGGCUAGCAUCACAUACAAUGGCCCUAUUCGAUCACGUGAACUUAGUAUAUGGUACAGUUAGUGAAUUCUGCACUCAAACUGGUUGUCCAGACAUGACCGGCCCCGGUCAAAGGACUUACCUGUGGUUUGACGAAAAAGGGAAGAAAACAAAAGUAGCCGCUCCACAAUACAUAGAUUACGUAAUGACAUUUAUUCAGAAAACAAUAACCGACGAAAAUAUUUUUCCUACGAAAUAUGCAAAUGAAUUUCCCUCAUCGUUCGAGUCAAUAGUACGAAAAAUAGUCCGUUUGUUAUUCCACGUGGUGGCCCACUUAUACUCGGCACAUUUCAAAGAAGUUGUGAUGUUAGGUUUACACGCGCAUCUGAACCUGACGUUCGCACAUCUGACGGCGCUCCAGCACCGUUUCUCCUUAAUCGAACCCAAAGAGACGGAAGUACUGAAAGACCUGGAGAUCGCCCUCAGAUUGACGGAAGACAGUAGUCAGGAAUCGGCGAAUAAUAACGACAGGGGAGGCGAGACGUCGACGGAUAGCGAAACAAAGACACAUUUAGAAGAUACAGCAAGUGGGGACAAUAAAUCGUAGUUUGCCGUGGUGGUAACUCGAGCUUUCGAAUAUGAUGAUUGUGAUGUGAAACGAUGCCCCAAAAACAUACUUUGAACCACUUAGCUCAUGUGAUUAUGACACAAUAGUGACUUCAUUUUAAUUAUUUUUUCGUUUUUAGUGCGCAUUUUAUUUAUUGUUUUAUCUCCUUAUUUAUAAUUACAAAUUGAUGAAGGUAUAUGAGUGCAUGUUCGUGCAUCUUGUAUACACAUAUAAGUACGCUUGUGUUUUUCGUUUAGAGUGAAAAAAGUUGAGACGUUCAGUAGAGAUUCUAUUCGUAAAUCGUAACAAUAAUUUCAUCUUGUAGAGAGAAAUGAAAAAACAAUAAUUAAAAUUAAUGAAAAUAGGCUGUACUUAAACAGAAGCACUGACCUUUUUCCUAUCGAGGUUCUUUCGUUUUUUUCUGUUUUGCUUUCACUUACGGCUAAGAUCCCACGAUGAAUUUUAAGAUAAAUGUUCAUUGAUAAAAUUAUCGAGUUUUAUAUUGUAACUCGACCAUAUUAUGCACAGUCUUUAAAUUUUUUUACCUCCUUUUUUCCUUCUUCAUUAUGUGAUCUAUAAAGAGGCAUUUCAAUUUAUUUUCUGUACAGUGUUAAAAUUGUUCCUGAAGCUGAUUGUAUAUAAUAUAUAAAAUGAAUUUUAGUUUGUUAUUUAUUAGAUUCUGUAAUGGCUAUAGAAAAUAGCAUUUGUUGAAAAUGAUAAAUAAUAAAUCACCUAAUGUUACAUA